AUGAAUCUCUAUUACCUCUUCUUUGCAGUGUUGCUAACCUCGUGUAAAGCAGACACCAGUGUCCAAAAGUAUUUCAGAUACAAUGGACCGGGCGUCAUUUCUGGUACAAUAAUAAACUCUCUGACCGCACGAUCAGGAAUUAAAUGUGCAAGUACUUGUUCGCUGACCGGCACUUCCUGUGACGCGUCCCGCUACCACGAGGCCACCAAGACAUGUGAGCUCCUGUCAGGCCACCCAAACGGAGAUGUUCAGUGGAUAAACCAUCCAGACUGGAAAAUUUAUACUUCGCAGCCGAUAUCCUGUGGACCAGGCUGGUAUGAAUAUGGCUCCUCUUGCUAUCUGGUGGUAACAACGGGUACCACUUGGCAGGUGGCUAGAGAAAACUGCAGCGCUAUAGGCGCCCACCUCGCCGUUAUAACUGAUGCCUCCGAAAACGCGUUUCUCGUGGACCUACUGAACAACACGCUAAAUAUGGAAUCAGACAUUUUUUGGAUCGGCGCAAAUGACGCAGAUGUCGAGGGCACGUUUGUUUGGGAGACGAUGGAACCGUUUACCUUUACAGCUUACGCUCCUAGCCAGCCUGAUAGCAGUCCAAAUUUCAACUGUAUGGGCAUGCGUCCGAUUAACGGAUGGUACACCGAUGAAACACAAUCCUACUCAUCAUUUCUCAAAAGCCAGCAGGCCACGGGUGUGACCGAUCUCACUAACCGCCAGCAGUCUGAAGGCCAAGGGGAAUAG